AUGCUUGCCCACAGCCUGGUCGCUGUCGUCGCCUGCGUGGGCUCUGCAGCAGCAGUCAGCGUUGACCCUCUGCCAGCGCCGCGGUCGAUCGUCUGGGGCUCAGCCGGGCCCAUCGCAGUUCCUGACUUGGUCGCGGUUGAUCUCCCCACGAGCCAAAUCUUGGCUGAUGCCUGGGAUCGUGCCUGGGGCACCAUUGUCGGCCUGAGAUGGGUUCCUCAGGCCACCCAGGCCCCGAUUUCCUCUUACGAGCCUUUCCCGACUGCCACUGCUGCUGCUGCCUCUCCAUCAACACACAAGCGCAACGAAAACGAACAGCAACAGCAGCUCCAAUUGGUCAAGGUCAACGUGGCAGAUGUCGAUGUUGACCUGCAGGCUGAAGUCGAUGAGUCGUAUACCCUCGACCUCGCUCCGGGCUCAGACACCAUCGAAAUCAAUGCAAACACUACCUGGGGCGCUCUCCACGCCUUCACUACGCUGCAGCAAAUCGUCAUCUCUGAUGGCAGCAACAGCAACGACGCCAAUGGAUUGAUCAUCGAGCAGCCCGUCCACAUCGAGGACGCGCCGCUCUACUCAUGGCGGGGCAUCAUGAUUGACACGGGUCGUAAUUUCAUUAGCCUACCCAAAAUCAAAGAGCAAAUUGAUGGCAUGGCGCUGUCCAAGAUGAACAUCCUCCACUGGCAUUUGACCGACUCCCAGUCCUGGCCUUUCGAUAUGCAUACAUACCCGGAAAUGAUCAGGGACGCCUACAGUCCGCGCGAAACGUUCUCGCGCAGCGAUGUAUCUGAUAUCAUCGAGUACGCCCGCGCUCGCGGUGUUCGUGUCGUGCCCGAGGUUGAUACACCAGGCCACUCGGCUGCCGGCUGGCAGCAGAUCGAUUCUAGCAUCGUUGCAUGCGCAAACUCCUGGUGGUCCAACGACAACUAUGCCUACCACACCGCCGUCGAGCCACCUCCAGGCCAACUCGACAUCAUCAACAACGACACCUACGGCGUGGUUGAGAACGUGUACAAUGAGCUCUCCGACAUCUUCACCGACAACUACUACCACAUCGGCGGCGACGAGCUAAACACCAACUGCUACAAGUUCAGCGCCUACGUCACCGACUGGCUCUCAUCCGAUCCGACACGCACCUACAACGAUCUAGUGCAGUACUGGGUCGACCAUGCAUUUCCAAUUUUCCAAAACAUCCCCAACCGCAAGCUUCUUUUCUGGGAAGACCUGCUCCUGGGUGACCCGCAUGCCCUCUCCGUACCCACGGAGAACGUGCUCGUGCAAUCAUGGCAAAACGGGAUUGCGAACAUCCACAACCUCACUGCAAGGGGUUAUGACGUGCUCGUCUCAUCGGCCGAUUUCUUGUAUCUAGACUGCGGCUUUGGCGGCUUCGUCACCAACGACCCGCGCUACAACGUGCAGUCAAACCCGGACCCAUCACAGGAUAAUUUCAACUACCUCGGCGACGGCGGCAGUUGGUGUGCCCCUUACAAAACCUGGCAGCGUAUCUAUGACUACGACUUUACGACCAAUCUCACUUCAGAGCAGGCGGCGCACGUCAAGGGUGCUGUUGCCGCGUUGUGGUCUGAGCAGGUCGAUGAUACCGUUGUGUCGGAUAGGAUCUGGCCGCGGGCUGCUGCGCUGGCGGAGCUGGUUUGGUCUGGGAACCGGGACGAGAGGACUGGUGGGAAGCGGACUACGUUGUUGACGCAACGGAUUUUGAAUUUUAGAGAAUAUCUGGUUGCGAAUGGGGUUAUGGCGACGCCGUUAGUGCCGAAGUAUUGUUUGCAGCAUCCUCAUGCGUGCGAUUUGUAUUACAAUCAGACUGUUAUCACUUAG